CUGAGAGGCCUCAAAGGGUUUCUAUUGAGCAAGCAGUAAUAGUGUAACUGUACCAUGGUCAAUACGGCCGACGCCGCCGGUCAAUCAAGGAAAGUGUUCAGCCGACUCAGAAUUUGAAAUCUUGCAUCAUAUCACUGUACUACCUGCUGCCAUCGCAAUGGACGACGACUGGGAUGAAGAAGUGACUUCGGAUUUACAUGCAGGUGAAGCCGAAUGGACCAAAAUGUCUUCGGAAUUCACAAAUACCGGGUACCGUGAGGGCAUCACAGCAGGCAAAGAGGCCGCAUUGCAAGAGGGCUUUGAUGCUGGAUUCGUCCAGGUUGGUGUGCCUAUAGGACACGAACUGGGACACCUCCGUGGCAUCGCAUCCGUCCUUGCUACGUUUCUCUCUUCUAUGUCGGACCGGGACCGGGACGAGGCUCGGAGUAUCUCCUCAGCAUUGUCGAGCAUACGGUUUUCCGAUAUCGCGCCUAGAGACCUCGAGGCGGAAGAACAUGCCCGCGAGCAUCUCGAGGACGGUGUACCCGAACCGGAGGAGAUCGACGAGAAGAGGAAGAUCGAGGAUCUUGAGGAUAUGUUGAAUAGGUUGUCGGCUGGAAAGAGUAUCAAGGCUGAUGAGACGCGGCCUACUCUGGAGGAUCUCCAGCAGCUGAAGGAACGUUUGAAGAAUCUGAUGGAAAGAUUGAACCUGGAGGUGGAUAGAAGUUGAACGGGGGCUUUUAUGCUAUUGGAAGAUAUAAAGGAUUGGGAUGGCGCUGUAUGUGCGCAAACCAAAGUGUUAUAUCGUGCCCAGCGCAAAUGCGCUGUAUAUUGGUCCAUUUUCGUGCCGAACCUGGAAUCUGUGCUUGGUCAAGCUUUUGUGGGAUCUGGACGAUCCUGUUAUCUUCAAGGGUACCGAGGAUGUGGUGAUGCAGAUGUAAACGAGGGAUGAAGGUAUAUCAAGUGUAAUUUGCAGAUUUUGAUCUAGGUUACAUUUUGAAAGUACGGAC